AUGAGUCGAACAGCUGGGGAAUUUCUUGUUCAAUGUGAGAAUUGCAUUGCAGUGAUUACGAUGCAUUGUUUGGGUCCUAAUGAUGCUUUGUCAGACCUGGAAAUCAGCGGGUUUAGUAGAGAUAAUGGGCCAUUCAUGGUUUGCAAGGAAUUCCUUGACAAUGCGGUGGAUGCUUGUGCAAAAAGCGUUUCCCCGCUACUCCCCCCUCUUGAUUGCGAGAAUGUUGAACUUGAAGUCUCAAUACGCACCACAAGCCUUCUUGUAACCUGCAGAGAUACAGGAAAAGGGAUUGAUUGUGCUACUGUUUCUGCACUGGGAGAGGUAUUUUGCUCUUCAAAAGCGCAGGACCCUCAAACUGGAGGGGAAUUCGGAAUCGGCCUGAAAGCGAUAAUGCUAAGUUCACAAAGAGAUCUGAAACAACCGGUUAAUGUUAAAAUUCGCAUGCGCGAAUGUGAAGUUUGGUCGUUUGGCAUUAGCCUUGACGCAGCCUCUGUAGCUCCAUUAAUUCAGAAUUUUGCAGUUGAGGCCUUGCCGGCAUCCAUGUGGCCGUGGAUGACCGAAUUUUCUGUCGAGCUCUCCCCAAUAUGGGACAUGGAAAAGGAGAAGGAGAUCGAGGCGUACGCUGCUAUUCAUUCCAUAUGGAGUCCAGAGAUGUCACUUAAGUUGACAAUCAAAACCAAGCUGGUCUUUCGUGGAAACAACACAUUCAGAAAUCCUCGCGGGCCCGACGGGACAUUUUUGUCCAUCGCAGAGGGCCAAGAGCCCUUAGCCGUUGCGACUGCAUCCGCAUCUUGUGACGGGGCGAAACUUGAACUCACAGCUGCAGUUCUUUCAGCAAACGCUACGGGGGAUGAUGAGGGUUCAGAAAUCCAUCUUGUACGGAGUUUCAAUGGAACACCGCUCUUGCCGUCGGCUGCUUCCUCUUGCCUUCUUACGAAAUGUCUGAGGUACUGUGCCUUUGUUUUUUUCAAGCCUAACUUUGUACAUGUGUGGCAACUUUCUACUGCGGAUGCAAUCUAG